AUGGGGGUGAUGCUGUCUGGUUGCAGCCUCCGUCUCCCACUCCUUGUAUGGACCCAAAAGUCCGGUCACUCUGUAGUUCUUUACCGAGGGAGGGAGGGGUGGUGUGUCCCUCAAAGAGGUUAUAAAAAUGUGAUUGAUGAAGGCAUUCGUUUGAAUUCUGUUGGCGAGGAGUUCUCAGCUCUGAAAACUACGAGUUCUCAGUUGUAA